AUGAAGAGCUUCUCGAAGCGCGAGGCCGACCGGAGGACGUUCUUGGAGCAGGUCCGGGAAAGCAAGGAGAAUGGCUACCUCCUCUCCUCCAAAAAAAUCGGGUCGGGGGCUUUCUCCAAAGUCUAUCUGGGUUACGCCACCCAGGAGAAAAUGAUGCAGAACUACAAGCUGGCUUCAGACCUCCGGAAUAAGCGGCACUCUAUGGUGGCUAUCAAGAUAAUUUCAACAGCAGAGGCACCUGUGGAAUACACAAAGAAGUUCCUUCCAAGAGAAAUCUACUCUCUGAAUGUGACUUACAAGCACCUAAAUGUGAUCCAGCUCUAUGAGAUGUAUCGGAAUAGCAAGCGCACCUACCUGGUGCUGGAGUUGGCCUCCCGGGGGGACCUCCUGGAGCACAUCAACGCCACCUCUGACCGCAGGGAGUACCCAGGCCUGGAGGAGGAGGAGGCACGGAGGCUUUUCCGACAGAUUGUCAGCGCUGUCGCCCAUUGUCACAAUGUUGGCAUUGUCCACAGAGAUUUGAAGUGUGAGAACAUUUUAUUGGAUGAACGUGGCUUCAUUAAACUGACCGAUUUUGGCUUUGCCAACCGCUACUCCUUGAAGAAUUCACUAAUGAGCACCUUCUGUGGCUCUGUGGCCUACACUGCCCCCGAAAUCCUCAUGAGCAAGAAGUACAAUGGGGAGCUGGCUGACCUGUGGAGCCUCGGGGUCAUCCUCUACGCCAUGGUGACAGGGAAGCUCCCCUUCAAGGAGCGCCAGCCACACAAGAUGAUCCACGUCAUCAAGCAAGGCCUGGCCUUCCGGCAGCCCAUCUCGCCAGAAUGCCAGAAUCUCAUUGAGGGCCUGUUGCAGCUGAAGCCGGCGGCCCGCCUGGGGUUGCAGCAGGUGGCCACCCACCGCUGGAUGCUCCCGGCUACCUCCGCCAUCUUCCACCGGGUGAUGAGCUCCAUGGGAGUCCAUCCGGAGUGCUCCGUGGGCCAAGAAAAGCCUCAGGCGGCAUCAGGCGAGGUUGGCGGCCCGUCGGCCCAGCUGCCGGACCUCGAGAGCCCCGCCAAGAGCGCGGAGGGCCCGGGCAAGGAGAGCAAGGUCCUGCCGCCGGCGCGCGCCUCCUCGGCCGCGGGAGCCUUCCCGGUCCGGGCCAAGGCCGAGAAGAAGAGCCCACCGGUCACGCCGGCCAAUUGCGUGCUGCAGCUGCCCUCGCCGCGCAAGACGGAGCGCCCGCCGCGCCUCUCGCUCUACCGGCCCAGCCUGCUGACCACCCUGCAGCCCUUCCACCACCUGCCCAACUUCCGCAAGCCCGGCUCGGGCUUCUCGGCCAGCGCCUACGUGACCAGCAAGCGGCUCGGGGAGAAGGCGCCCGCCCGCGCCGCCGGCCUGGGCAGCGCCUCGGCCAGCCUCUCCAAGCAAGUGCACUCCCUCUACAGCAUGACGCCCUGCCCGUGACGCGCCCGCCCGACGCCCGGCCCGAGAGCAGCAGCCACGGCCGCCCGGCCCGGCCCAGCGCCCGGGACCGCCCCCGCCGCCGCCGGACGAGCCCAUUAAAGCUUAUUCAGAGUCGCCCCGGGC